AUGGAUGUCCUGCCAGGAGACUCCUCAGCACAGGUUUCCCACAGGGCCACAGCCUUCUUUGGAUAUCCACCUGCCCUGGUGUGGGGUCCUCCAUGGCGAUCCUCCAUGGUGGACCUCUGCUCCUCCAUGGACCUCCAUGGACGUGGUCAGACUGGAUUCCAAAUAGGAAGCCAGUUCUCUGGGGGUCUUCUACAGAAACAGAAUGCUUCUUUCAGAAAUUCAGCUAACUUGAACAUCAUCCCACCACUGCUGACAAAUGUAGCAAUAACAUCUGCUAAUCCUGCUCACAAUGGCCGUGUGUGCAGCACAUGGGGCAACUUCCACUUCAAGACCUUCGACGGGGACAUAUUCACCUUCCCUGGGCUCUGUAAUUACGUUUUUGCCUCCCACUGCAACGCUCCCUAUGAGGAUUUCAACAUCCAGAUUAGGCGUGAAGUGGUGGCAAACAUUCCGACAAUCAACCGCAUCACCAUGAAACUCGAAGGUGUCGUUGCCGAACUAACAAAAGAUGCUGUCCUGAUCGAUGGCAACAGAGUUCAACUGCCAUAUAGUCAAUCUGGUAUUACAAUAGAGAAGAGCAGCAUUUAUGUGAAAGUUGGCAGCAAAAUCGGUGCUGUGUUAUUGUGGAAUGAAAAGGACAGCAUUCUGCUGGAAUUGAAUGAGAAAUAUGCCAAUCAGACUUGUGGACUUUGUGGUGACUUCAACGGCUUUCCCAUAUACAAUGAGUUCAUUUCAAACAAUAUUAAGAUGACAGCCUUGCAGUUUGGGAACAUGCAGAAAAUGGAUGGGCCAACAGAACACUGUGAAGACUCCACUUCUACCCCAACAUAUAACUGCUCUGAUAAUCUUGAUGACAUAUGCGAGAAAACUUUGACCAGCUCUGCAUUUGCAGAGUGUAAUGACCUAGUUGAUGUUAAAGAUUACAUUAAGACCUGCCAAGAUGACUUGUGCCGCUCUGCAGAAUCUAAAAACAACUCAUGCAUCUGUGACACCUUUGCUGAGUACUCCCGGCAGUGUGCUCAUGCUGGUGGGCAGCCCCUGGACUGGAGAACUUCGAAACUGUGCCCCAAGAAGUGUCCUUACAACAUGCAGUACCAGGAGUGCAACUCCCCCUGUGCUGAUACGUGCACGAAUCCUGAACGAUCUCUGUUUUGUGAAGAACACUGUAUUGAUGGCUGUUUCUGCCCCCCAGGGUCUGUAUUUGAUGACAUCAACAAUUCUGGCUGCAUUCCCCAGCAGGAGUGCUCCUGUAUUUACAAUGGCAAAACCUAUGCUACAGGAGCUUCUUUUUCAGAGCCAUGCCAGACCUGUACCUGUAAUGGAGGCCAGUGGAGCUGCCAAGAUAAGUCCUGCCCAGGAACAUGCUCUGCAGUGGGAGGUUCCCACAUUUCCACAUAUGAUAAGAAGUACUAUGAUCACCACGGAGACUGCACCUAUGUCCUCUCUAAGGACUGUAAAGAUGAGAAAUUUACCAUCCUGGCAGAACUACGCAAGUGUGGCCUAACUGACACUGAGACCUGCCUAAAGUCAGUGACCCUCAACAUGAAUAAAGGACAAACUAUCGUGGAUGUCAAACCUGAUGGGGGUGUGUUUGUGAACUCCAUCUACACCCAGCUGCCCAUGUCAGCAGCUAAUGUCACCAUGUUCAGACCUUCCUCAUUCUUCAUGAUCAUGGACACAAGCUUUGGCGUCCAGGUUGAAGUGCAGUUCACACCCAUGAUGCAAGUGUUUGUGCGUCUGGAUGCUUCUUUCAAAAACCAGACUUGUGGUCUCUGUGGAAAUUUCAAUAACAUCCAAACCGAUGACUUCAAGGUCAUAAGUGGAAUAAUUGAAGGAACAGCAUCAGCGUUUGCCAAUACGUGGAAAACUCAGGCUUCAUGCCCUAAUAUCCAGCAGAGUUUUGAGAAUCCUUGUGCACUCAGCAUUGAUAAUGAAAAAUACGCUCAGCAUUGGUGUGGACUACUCACUGACAGCACAGGACCUUUUGCUGCUUGUCACUAUGCAGUGAAUCCCGCUGUUUACCACACGAACUGCAUGUUUGACACAUGUAACUGUGAAAAUAGUGAGGACUGUCUGUGUGCAGCUCUGUCUGCCUAUGUGAGAGCUUGUGCUGCAAAAGGAAUCCAGCUGCAGGGAUGGAGGACUGAUGUCUGCACAAAAUACACCACCUCAUGUCCCAAAUCCCUGAGCUACAGCUAUACCAUCUCUUCCUGUCAACCCACCUGCCGCUCUCUGAGUGAGCCUGAUGUCACAUGCAACAUUAAGUUUGUACCAGUUGAUGGCUGCACCUGUGUAAAUGGAACCUACAUGGAUGAGAGUGGCAAAUGUGUGCCUGCUAAUGAAUGCCCCUGCUACUACAAAGGAUCUCCUAUAGCAUUUGGAGAAGUGGUCCAUGAAAAUGGGCAUGUAUGCACUUGUGUCCAGGGAAGACUGAAUUGCAUUGGAGCACCAAAUCCAACUUCAGUCUGUGAAUCUCCCAUGGUCUACUUUGACUGUACAAACAACACGGCAGGAACAACUGGAGCAGAAUGUCAAAAAAGUUGCCAGACUCUGGAUAUGCAGUGUUAUACUUCACAAUGUACAUCUGGCUGCAUAUGCCCAGAUGGACUUGUGUUAGAUGGGAAUGGUGGUUGUAUUCCUGAAGAGGACUGUCCAUGUAUUCACAACGAAGCCAUGUAUCAGCCUGGGGAAACAAUCAUCUUUGACUGUAACACCUGUGUAUGCAAGAAUAGGAAGUGGGAAUGUACCAAAGAUCAAUGUCGGGGCACUUGUGCUGUUUAUGGAGAUGGUCAUUAUAAUACCUUUGAUGACAAAAGGUUCAGUUUCAAUGGAAACUGUGAAUACACACUAGUCCAGGACCACUGUGGGAAAAGUGGCACAGUCAAUGGGACCUUCAGGGUUGCCACUGAAAAUGUUCCCUGUGGCAACACUGGGACAACUUGCUCAAAAUCUAUCAAAGUUUUCUUAGAGAGCUAUGAACUGAUCCUUGGUGAAGAGCGUGUCAGCAUCGUAAAGAGAGGACAGAGUGACGAGGUGCCAUACGCAGUCCGCUCUAUGGGGAUGUACCUGGUAAUUGAGACCAAAAGUGGACUGAUCCUCAUGUGGGACAAGAAAACCAGCAUCUUCAUCAAGCUCAGCCCUGGUUUCAAGGGCCAGGUCUGUGGUCUCUGUGGAAAUUAUGAUGGUAACAGCAUCAAUGACUUCACUACAAGGAGUCAAUCUGUAGUAGAGAAUGUCCUAGAGUUUGGAAACAGCUGGAAAGCAUCCUCUACAUGCCCUGAUGCUGCCAGUGUCAAGGACCCAUGUUCUACCAACCCUUAUCGGAAGUCCUGGUCAGAGAAGCAGUGUAGCAUCAUCAACAGCAAUGUCUUUGCUGCCUGUCACUCUCAGGUUGAACCAGCAAAAUAUUACCAAGCAUGUGUGACAGAUGCUUGUGCCUGUGACACUGGAGGAGACUGUGAUUGCUUUUGUACAGCAGUAGCUGCCUAUGCUCAAGCAUGUAGUGAAGCUGGUAUAUGCAUAGCCUGGAGAAGCCCAACAAUUUGUCCACUGUUCUGUGAUUACUACAAUCAGCAAGGGGAAUGUGAAUGGCACUAUAAGCCUUGUGGCGCUUCCUGUAUGAAGACCUGUAAGAACCCAAGUGGAAAAUGCCUCAAUGACCUGCCAGGUUUAGAAGGUUGCUACCCUAACUGCCCACCAGACAAGCCAUAUUUUCAUGAGGAUCAGAUGAAGUGUGUUAGUCUCUGUGACUGUUAUGAUGAUGAAGAUGGAAAGAUAUAUAAACGGGAUGAAUGUAAUAUAUGUGAAUGCACAUCAGAAGGUUUACAGUGCAAAUUUGAUGAUAAAGCCUGCAACUGCAUUUAUGAAGGGAAUAGCUAUAAAUAUGGUGAACUCAUCUACAACACCACAGAUGGAACUGGAUGGUGCUUCAGUGCAACAUGUGAUGUCAAUGGAACAAUAAGCAGAAACAUCUUUAAAUGUGGCAUUUUUACAACAACCCCAUUUACAUUUUCCACAAGUCAGCCCACAACUACUGCUUCAGAAAUGACAAUUGCAACACCAGUGACAACUGUAUGUGUGAAAAAUGUCUGUGUGUGGUCAGAAUGGUAUGAUUCCACUCAGCCUGAAAACAAAGAGGACAGUGGAGAUUAUGAAACAUAUCAAAAUCUCAAGGAUAAAGGAUAUAGUGUGUGUACAAACCCAAGCGAUGUUCAAUGCAGAGCCAAAGAAUACCCAGAUAGUGAAAUUACCAACCUUAACCAAACAAUAGAGUGUAGUCAAAGCAGAGGAUUAAUAUGCAAUAACCAGGACCAAGAAUUUAAGCAGUGCUAUAAUUAUGAAAUCAGAAUAUCAUGCUGCAGAUACAUACCAUGUUCAGAAACACAAACUACAACACCAACAACCACAAGAGAAUUCACAACCAUUGCUGUAGAAUCAACACCAUUUAUAGUACAGACAACAAUAAUACCAACAACACAAAACCAAGAAAGUGAAGUAACUACAACACCACUGAGAGACGGAGAAAGAACAACAACUCUGACCGAAACACCAGUAACAGCAACAACAUCACAAGUCUCAACAAAAGGUUACCAAAUCACAACAAGUAUAGCAGAAACCUCCACUGCAGUAACCCAAGCUCCAUCAUCACCCAAUACCAUCUCCACUCUCCCAGAAUCAACACUAGAAACAACACUGGGCACAACGAUAAUCUCCAGUACUACUGCCCUGCCAACACAAGGCAUGACUGUCACUACACCGAGACCAAGAGUGCCUACCCAAGCUACCACCAGUGCCAGCACCUCCACAACCACCAGGGAAAGCACCAUUACAUCUACAGAAGAAACUCUUCCAACUGUAUUAUCAACUGUUGCUAUUCAAACAACAUCAACUAUUACAGCCCCCACCCUGGAAAUAAAAUUAAGAACCACCGCAGGCACCAUGGCUGCCCCCAGCACCACGGCCUCAGCCAGAGAGGGCACAACCCCCAACACUACCACCAUCAGCACCUCUUCCCCUCAGACUGAAGGCACUACCACCAUCACCCCACCCGUAACAACAGUGCCCACUCCUGCCACCAGCACUGCCAGCACCUCCAGGACAACUGAAGGAAGUACCACAAGAGAUUCAGCCACCUCUGCUCCAAGAGAAAAAUCCACAGUGGCAACCCAGGCUUCAACAUCUCCCACAGCUCCCUCUGAAGUUAAAAUAAGAACCACCACAGGCACCACGGCUGGCCCCAGUACCACGGCCUCAGCCAGAGAGCGCACAACCAUCAUCACUACCACCACCAGCACUUCUCCCUCUCAGACUGAAGGCACUACCACCAUCACCCCACCCACAAGAACAGUGUCCAGCCAAGCCAUCAGUACCGCAAGCACCUACACAACCACCAGUGAAAGCAGCAAAAUAUCUACAGAAAAAACUCUCCCAACUGCAUUAUCCACUGUUGCUAUUCAGACAACUUCAACUAUUACUGCAUCUUCCCCUGAAGUAAAAUUAAGAACCACCGCAGGCAUCACGGCCAGCCCCAGUACCACCAUCUCAGCCAGAGUGCACACAACCCCCAACGCUACCACCACCAGCACCUCUCCUCCUCAGACUGAAGGCACUACCACCAUCACCCCACCCACAUCAACAGUGCCCACGCCAGCCACCACCACUAUACGCAUCUCCAAUACCACAGACAACUGUGUGGUGGAGCACUGUGCCUGGACACAGUGGUUUAAUGUGGACUCCCCUACUCCAGGCAGCGAAAAUGGAGAUUUAGAGACAUUUGAAAACAUCCGAGCUGCUGGGCAUGAGUUGUGUGACAAGCCACAAGACAUCAAGUGCCGAGCUAAAGACUACCCUGACAGAAUUGUGAAAAUAAUGGGACAGAUAUUUGACUGCAGUCUUGACAGGGGGCUUGUGUGCCGAAAUAAGGAUCAGACUCUCAAGUACCCCACAUGCUUUGACUAUGAGGUCUCAGUGCUGUGCUGUGCCCAAAACCACUGCCAGACAACAGUACCACUACCAGGAACCACUGUAAGAACCUCCACAACAUACUUCCCAGCAGAAACAACCACAACAGCAACACAACCUGCAGCAACACCUGCUGUCCCCACACUUCCACAGCAAGAAAUAACAACCACCGUAGGAACAAGUACCCUCUCAACACAAGGAACGACCAUUGUCACCCCAGGAUACACAGAGACUAUAAAAAUAAAAACCACCAUUGACACUACAGCUGCCCCCAGCACCACGGCCUCAGCCAGAGAGGGCACAACCCCCAACACUACCACCAUCAGCACCUCUUCCCCUCAGACUGAAGGCACUACCACCAUCACCCCACCCAUAACAACAGUGCCCACUCCUGCCACCAGCACUGCCAACACCUCCAGGACAACUGAAGGAAGUACCACAAGAGAUUCAGCCACCUCUGCUCCAAGAGAAAAAUCCACAGUGGCAACCCAGGCUGCAACAUCUCCCACAGCUCCCUCUGAAGUUAAAAUAAGAACCACCACAGGCACCACGGCCGGCCCCAGUACCACAGCCUCAGCCAGAGAGCGCACAACCAUCAUCACUACCACCACCAGCACCUCUCCCUCUCAGACUGAAGGCACUACCACCAUCACCCCACCCACAAGAACAGUGUCCAGCCAAGCCAUCAGUACCGCAAGCACCUACACAACCACCAGUGAAAGCAGCAAAAUAUCUACAGAAAAAACUCUCCCAACUGCAUUAUCCACUGUUGCUAUUCAGACAACUUCAACUAUUACUGCAUCUUCCCCUGAAGUAAAAUUAAGAACCACCGCAGGCAUCACGGCCAGCCCCAGUACCACCAUCUCAGCCAGAGUGCACACAACCCCCAACGCUACCACCACCAGCACCUCUCCUCCUCAGACUGAAGGCACUACCACCAUCACCCCACCCACAUCAACAGUGCCCACGCCAGCCACCACCACUAUACGCAUCUCCAAUACCACAGACAACUGUGUGGUGGAGCACUGUGCCUGGACACAGUGGUUUAAUGUGGACUCCCCUACUCCAGGCAGCGAAAAUGGAGAUUUAGAGACAUUUGAAAACAUCCGAGCUGCUGGGCAUGAGUUGUGUGACAAGCCACAAGACAUCAAGUGCCGAGCUAAAGACUACCCUGACAGAAUUGUGAAAAUAAUGGGACAGAUAUUUGACUGCAGUCUUGACAGGGGGCUUGUGUGCCGAAAUAAGGAUCAGACUCUCAAGUACCCCACAUGCUUUGACUAUGAGGUCUCAGUGCUGUGCUGUGCCCAAAACCACUGCCAGACAACAGUACCACUACCAGGAACCACUGUAAGAACCUCCACAACAUACUUCCCAGCAGAAACAACCACAACAGCAACACAACCUGCAGCAACACCUGCUGUCCCCACACUUCCACAGCAAGAAAUAACAACCACCAUAGGAACAAGUACCCUCUCAACACAAGGAACGACCAUUGUCACCCCAGGAUACACAGAGACUAUAAAAAUAAAAACCACCAUUGACACUACAGCUGCCCCCAGCACCACGGCCUCAGCCAGAGAGGGCGCAACCCCCAACACUACCACCAUCAGCACCUCUUCCCCUCAGACUGAAGGCACUACCACCAUCACCCCACCCAUAACAACAGUGCCCACUCCUGCCACCAGCACUGCCAGCACCUCCAGGACAACUGCAGGAGGCAUCACAAGAACCUCUGCCUCCUCUGCUCCAGGAGAAACCUCCACAGUGGCAACCCAGGCUGCAACAUCGCCCACAGCUCCCUCUGAAGUUAAAAUAAGAACCACCAUAGGCACCACGGCCAGCCCCAGCACCACAGCCUCAACCAGAGAGGGUACAACUCCCAUUGCUACCACCACUAGCACUUCCUCCACUUCACCUGAAAUAAGAUUAAUAACCACUUCUGGCCCCUCAGCUGUGCUCACUACCACUCUUCCUCAGUCUGGAAGUACCACAGGUAAAUUCUUAUAA